CCUGCUCAUGGGAACGGGAAUCGCGCUGCGGCUCCGCCGCUGGCGUGCCGCGUCACCGCGCCCAAAGCUGUGGGCAGAGGCGGCCCUCGGCCUCCUCGAUCUCACGCCGGCCGGCUUGGUGCUCAUUUUCUGCUUCGUGCCCUCAAUCAGCGCCUCCAUCUUCCGCUCGUGGUCGUGCCAGGCCUACACCAUCUCUCCGCCGAACGAGCCCCUGGAGCAGGUCUCCUACAUGCGGCAGGACGCGAGCGUCGAGUGCUACACCGAGAAGCACGACGGCAUCACCGCCCUGGCCCUCGGCUUCAUCGUCCUCUGGCCGGUCGGCUCGCUGGUCCUUUUCACGUCGCUCCUCGCCGCCUGCUACAAGCCGCUGCAGGCCAAGUCGCCGAAUGCUCUGACGCGGGCCACCGCCUUCCUCCACCGGGAGUACGAGAAGACCUGGUACUGGUGGGAGGCGGUCGAGCUGGCGCGCAAGCUCGUGCUCACGGGCUUCGUGCUGCUGAUCCCGGAGAAGAACGCAUUCCUUCGCCUCGUGGUGGCGACCCUGAUCUGCUCGUGCUACGCCGUCGUGCUCGCCGUCGUGCGGCCGUACAAGCGGGUCGAGGACGACGUGCUAGCCGUCGCCACGAGCCUCGUCCUCCUCCUCCUCUUCCUCGGCACCAACUGGACCACCAUCUUCCUCGGCAUCGAGGAGCGGUACCAGGGAGCCGACCCCGCCGAUGUCCUGGGCUUCGGAAAGCUCAAUGCCAUCGUGGACACGAUGAUCGUGCUCGUUGCUGUUGCGCUCGUCUUCUUCUUAAUCGGCGCCGUCGUCGCCGCCCGCCGCGUCGCCAAGGUCCCCACGAUCCGCCUCGUCUCGACCAAGCAGCCCCCCGAGAUGAGCAUCGGGACUGGCCUCACGUGGCACCUCUUCCUCUCUCACAUCUGGUCGACCGGUCAAGACGCCGUCGGAAACAUCAAGAGUGAGCUCCAGCUGCUGGUGGAUGAUCUCAAGGAUAUUGGGUCGCUGGAGGAGUACAUUCAGCACUCGCAGGUCAUCCUCUUCUUCCUCUCGUGUGGCUACUUCCGCUCCAAGGCGCGCUCUCGCCGCCCUAACUGCCUCCGCGAGAUCCGCUCGUCGCUCGAGCAGAGCAAGCCGAUCGUUCUCGUCCAAGAGGCGGACCCUGCAAAGGGCGGCGCGACGCUGCAGGCGCUGCGCGGCGAAUGCCCCGAGGACCUGCAGCCGGACAUCUUUGAAAAGGGCUGGACGCACACCAUCUACAUGCGAGUUGUGGAGUUCCAGCGCGUCUCGCUCAAGACAAUCGCGGUGCUCCUCUGCUCGCCCAACUACGUGAACCAGACCUCCCUCCCGCUCUGCGUGCCGGGCGAGCCCGAGAGCGAGUUGCUCGCCUUUGCCAAGGAGACCAUGCUCUGGGCCUCGCCGGCCAACGCGGGCGCCCUGGAGCUGGCCAACAAGAUCGCCGCCGCCUUUGCCGGUCUCACGAUCUCCACCGCCGAUGCUCGGCCGGCCACCGCGACCCACAUGCUGCUCUACCUCAACGAGGACAGCUUCAGCGACGCGCGGCUGGCCGACCAGGUCCAGCAGGCGCGCAAAGACAAGCUGAAGAUCGUCAUGGCGCACGAGAACGACCCGGACCUCGGCGGCUGCGAGUUUGGCAGAAUGUUCGAAGUCACGCCGCAGGAGCGAAUGCCUCACAGAGCUCAUCGCCGACGGGCUCUACAAGACCCUGGCACGCUCGUGCUUCCCGGGUUGCCACAACCCGGUGUCGCUCGCGCUUCUGGCAAAGGACCUCGGCGCGACUCCCGCUCAGUCGGGCAGCGUCGCAAGGAUGAGCCGCCUCUCGGGCAGCAUCGCCAAGCGUGGCAGCCGGCUCGUUCCCACGAUCAGCCGCCGCAGCUCUGCGAAGACAACCACCGCGGGCGACGGCUCUGGAGGCGAGGCGACGGUCUCGGUGGUCUCGGAGGAGUCCGCGGUCUCGGUGCAGGCGGCGCAGGAGCAUGUCUAACUCUUCGGCGGCCGCACUCACGGCAGACGCCACAGCACACAGACGCCAUCUUGAGCAAUUCACACGAGCAGGCACAGCGACCCGCCGGGGAGGAGGGGCGGGAGGCGUUUGCCGCGUCGGCGACCCACAUGGGUCUGGGUCCAUAUCCGCCGCGCGCUCUCGCAGUGAUGGGGGCUUUUGCGCAGCGGUGUGCUGCGCGGCGAGCCUUUCUCUGGAGGUUUAUGGUUUGGGGGGGGGGGGGGGGGGUAAGGCCCGGGGAACACAACUGAAGCUCCGUCCCCGUACUCCCGUGCUUACUCCGGGUCCCGGGCGUCGUUGCCUUUCCUUGAGCGGGGCUA